AUGACCAUGAUGGAGGCUUCCAUCCGAGUCCAGCGCGUCCUGGCCUUGCUGGUCUGGCUUCUCAUACCGGCCAUUGUUACCGUCGCCGCUUAUGAGAACUUCCAAGCCGUGGAAACGGGCAUCCUGUUGUCUCCUCGAUACUUCCAAGAAUACGCUGCUUCAAACGCCAGUCCGCUUGAGAAGCGACAGGGCCAGCUGCAAUGUCCUAAUGACCAACACUCGUGCCUCGAAAUCGGAAACGAUGGUGGCAGCUUCUGCUGUGGGAACGACCAGUUUUGUCAGGCCAAUUCAACUGCUUUGACUAAGGCAGCAUGUUGCGCCAUCGGUUCCAACUGUAGUUCUCCCUGCACGUCAGGCAUGACCUUAUGCGCCGCCACAAAAACCAUAACAACAGGCGAUACAUCAUCGGUGACUCUCCUGUCAGCUUGUUGCGCCCGCCAAUGCAGUAUCUCCUUCUACCUCUGCCCGAAAUCCCUCGGUGGCAGUUGUUGCCCAUACGGCCAGGCUUGCGCCGAAGGCGGCAAGUGUAUCGCGACCAUCACGCCCUCGUCCUCAAUGAGCACUGUAGUCCCGCUCGUCCCUUCAGGUUGCACAACCAGCCAGACCUCCUGCGACGCCAGCAUAGGCGGUGGAUGCUGUGAUCUCACUCAGAGCUGCACCCAGAUCACCGGUAAAGCCUUUUGCGCCGAACGCGCCGCCUCUCCAACCAUCAGCGGCAUUGCCGAGUUCCACCCCGAUCCCGGUCUGAGCGCGGGGGCCAAAGCGGGUAUUGCCAUUGGCGUAGUCGUCGGCUUUGGCUUGCUUUUCGGCGUCUUAACAUGGUGUUGUCUGCGAUCCCGCAGGCGCAGAAGGGCAAGCGAAGCGGGCGGCGCAACAGCUAGUACCUCACGCCGUUCGGGACCUAGUAGAAUCAUCGGCGCCAUCAUCGGUGGAGGAGGGAGAGGACAGCAGCCCAUGUCCGAAGUCACGUCCGAUGUCCAGUCCCGGCCGGGUGGGACUCAAGACUAUUUCGGCCCCGAGGCCGCGGUCGGGCCUUACUCUGAUUCUAGGUUGCCUUCGACGGGUACUACACCGGGUGUCGAUAGGGACAGCGGAGUUCCGCUCCAGCCGCAUGGACCUGGUGAUAUUGCCGUGCCGGUCGAGAUUGAUUCGAGGAUGAUGGCGGAACAGGAUCAUCAGGGGGUUGGGGCCACAGCGUCACCGACGACGCAGUAUGGCUCGGCGGCUGGACAGCCUCCUGUUGGUCAAGAAGGGGUGGAAGAACCACGGUAUGAACUGUAUGGAUCUGGUCCUUUGGAUAUGGAAGGAGGGCCUGUAUCACCGUUGUAUACGCCGUCACCGCAUACGGAAACAGUACGGACGCCAUCUCAGGAGGCGCCGAAGCCGGUAGAGAAGUUUUGA